CCUCCCGCGUUGACGCCGUCAGUCUCUCAAGUAAGUGGAAGCUGAGGGGGCCGAGGCGAUUUGAAAGCGGUGCCAUCCGCAUACCGCACGGCGUUUGCCCUGAAGCACAGUGCCGAGAUUUCCAGGGGGGCAUGUUUGUUUUUUUUGUCCGAACGAAGGCUGUCUGACUCUGGAUGACUGCAGAGCGUUGCCCCCACCACCACCAGCAGCAGCAGUCUGAGUCACAUCGGAGGACGCGAUUCUUCAAGUGCUUGUCCAUGGAAUAAAACCAGCCAUUAUGUCAGGGAAGCCAGACGGAAAAAAGAAGUGGGCGGCAGUCAGGGGUCGCCUGGGCUCCUCGCAGGACUCGGACACCCAGCAGGAGGCGAACCUAGAGAGCGCCGAUCCAGAGCUGUGCAUCAGGCUGCUGCAAGUCCCCACCGUGGUUAACUACUCAGGACUAAAGCGCCGCCUGGAGGGCAGCGACCAGACAUGGAUGGUUCAGUUCCUGGAGCUGAGCGGGCUGGAUCUCCUCCUGGAGGCCCUGGACCGCCUGUCGGGGCGGGGAUGCUCCCGCAUCGCUGACGCCCUUCUGCAGCUCACCUGCGUCAGCUGCGUGCGGGCCGUCAUGAACUCCUCAGCAGGGAUCCACUUCAUUAUAGAGAAUGAGGGAUACAUUCGGAAGCUCUCCCAAGCUUUGGACACUUCCAACACCAUGGUGAAGAAGCAGGUGUUUGAGCUGCUCGCCGCCCUCAGCAUGUUCUCCACGGACGGCCAUCGCCUGGCACUGGAUGCCCUGGACCACUACAAGGGCGUGAAGACACGGCAGUAUCGCUUCAGCGUGAUCAUGAACGAGCUGCAGGCCACUGACAACGUCCCGUACAUGGUCACGCUCCUCAGUGUCAUCAACGCCAUCAUCUUCGGGACAGAUGACCUCCGGCGCAGAGAUAAGACCAGGAAGGAGUUUAUCGGGCUUCAGUUACUUGAUAUUCUGCCAAAGUUAAGGGAGCAGGAGGAUGAAGACUUGAUCAUUCAGUGUGAGGCUUUCGAAGAGGCAAUGGCUGAAGAUGAGGAGGAGCUGCUGCGGGUCUACGGUGGCAUCGACAUGAGUAAUCACCUGGAGGUUUUCACCACACUUUUUAACAAGGUGAGCAGCUCGCCAGCCUCCCUCCAGCUGCUGUCCAUCCUGCAGACGUUGUUGGUGCUCGGGCCAGGCCGCUCUGAUAUCUGGCUGGCUCUGGAGGCCAUCACUAACAGAGCCAUACUGCUGGCCCAGGACUCUCAGAUGGAGUCGUCUGAGAAGAUCAUGCAGCGGCUGAUGUUCUCCAAAGGCCGUGAGGGUCAUCAUGAAGUGGACGGGCUGCUGGCCAAAGUGGACAAGGCGGUGCAGACUGACCCCGACCACCAGGUCAAAGACAAGUCAGGCGUCACAUCUUCUCCGAGGCAGCAGUGUGCUGCUCCUCCACCGCCCCCUCCACCCCCACCUCCUCCUCCUCCUCUACCAACUAGUAUGACUAACCAGUGCCCACCUCCACCUCCUCCCCCGCCUCCUCCACCGCUACCUGGAGGGUUCGGCGGACCCCCACCACCCCCUCCCUUGCCUGGAAUGCCACCUCCACCACCACCACCACCACUGCCCUGCGGUCCAGGCAUGGCUCCGCCACCGCCUCCGCCACCCUUGCCAGGGAUGGGUGGCGGACCUCCGCCGCCACCUCCUUUGCCUGGCAUGCCACCUCCACCUCCACCUCCCCCAGGCAUGAUAGUGGCUACGAGUAGUCAGGCCCUGGGGUGCGGCGCACCCAUGAAGACAAACCGAUGCCCCACCCUGAGGAUGAAGAAGCUCAACUGGCAGAAACUCCGCUCUGUUACUGAUGGUCACUCCAUGUGGGCCUCGGUACAGAAAGAGCCUCCUCCUCGGGAGCCGGACUACAGCAGUAUCGAGCAGCUGUUCUGUCUCCCGGUGACUGAGCACAAAGACAAGGGGGCAGCUGCUCCUGUCAAGAAGGAGCCUAAAGAGAUUACUUUCAUUGAUCCAAAGAAAAACUUGAAUUUGAACAUAUUCCUAAAGCAGUUCAAAUGCAAAAAUGAGGACUUUGUAGCCAUGAUUCAGAGCGGGGACCGCUCUAGGUUUGAUGUCGAAGUGCUAAAGCAGCUUUUAAAGCUCCUACCAGAGAAGCAUGAGAUUGAAAAUCUGAAGUCUUACCAAGGAGAAAAGGAGAAGCUGGCUAAUGUUGACCGCUUCUACACCUCCCUGCUCAACGUGCCAUGUUAUCAGCUGAGAAUCGAGUGCAUGUUGCUGUGUGAGGAGACUUCAUCGGUGCUGGAUAUGCUCAAGCCUAAAGUCAAGCUGGUGGAGGAGGCCUGCCAGUCCCUCAGAAUGAGCACGCUCAUGCCCAGCUUCUGCAGGCUCAUCCUAGAUGUCGGUAAUUUCCUCAACUACGGGAGUCACACGGGGAACGCCGAGGGGUUCAAGAUCAGCUCUCUGCUCAAGCUCACGGAAACCAAGGCCAACAAGGGCCGCAUUACGCUGCUUCAUCACAUCCUGGAGGAGGCGGAGGCGAACCACCCGGAGCUGUUGGAGCUGCCGGAUGAUAUAGAGAUCUGUGAAAAAGCAGCAGGAGUCAAUCUGGACUCUGUGCAGUCAGAAGCCAGCGCCUUACUGAAACGACUGAAUGAGACAGCCAAGAAGGUCUCCAACUCUGAGGAUGAGCUGAAGGAGCAAUAUGCCAAGAUUCUCGAGGAAAGUCUGGAGGCAUGUCGAGCGCUGAGUGAAAGGUUCACUGCAUUGGAGAAAAAGAAGAGCGAGCUGGCCGUGUACUUGUGCGAAGACACCAGUAAGCUGUCGCUUGAGGAACUCUUUGGAACCAUCAAGACUUUCCGAGGACUUUUCAUCAAGGCGCUAAAGGAAAACAAAACCAGAAGAGAGCAGGCGGCCAAGGCUGAGAAGAGAAAGAAGCAGCUGGCAGAGGAAGAAUCUAAGAGACAGAAGGGAGAGAACGGAAAAAUAAUCAAGAAAGGCUUUGUGCCACCGAACGACGGCUGCAUCAUCGACCACCUCCUGGCGGAUAUCAGGAAAGGUUUCAGCCUAAGAAAGACCAGACCAAGGUGCGAUUCGGAAAGCUCCCCUUCUAGUGAAAAGCGUAGGGAUACCUGCCCGUCUGGAUCCGAUGUGAAGCCUGUAGACGAAGAAGCCGACGGCAUGGCCACCACUACCGCUCCCACCAAGCCGCAGACCACCGAGGGUCACCUGCCCAUCACAGGAGAAGUGAACGGCUUCAUCAGCCCGUCCGAAGAGACUCCGCCAGCUCUGCAGAGUGCGGUGCAAGACGGACCAGCUGCACCUCCCAGCACACUCCCAGGAGAAACAGCCAUAAUGACGCAGGCACCCCCGGGAAGACCUGCGUCGCUGCAGGAGGGGAAACGCCCAAAGGAACCUGCAGUUUCUUCGCCAGAUCCGACGCAACCCCAGCCUCAGGAUGAAGCAGAACUCCGACGAUGUCUCCCCACAAAUGGCUUUUCAUUGGAUUCAACUGAGAGCAGCGCCCUCAGCCCAUCUUCCCUCUCUGACUCGGACCUGCUAGAGGCCAUGUUGGAGGGCACCUCCAGCCUGGUACCUGAGAAGCUGAUGCCUGAGGAGCCAGCGGAUAUUAGCGUGAACGUUCAGAUUACGGAAAGUCCUUCACCUGAUACGGACAAGGUGCCACAGGGCAGUGAAAGCAAUAUAAAGGGAGGUGGGAAAAGUGAAACCAGCGAUGAAAUAGGCAGUGAUUUAACAGAGAGUGUAGGACAAGAGAAGGGUCAAGAGGAGCGGCAACACAUUAUCGUAAAAACGCCCGACCAAGACGAGGUUGUGGGUUUCAAACAUUCGGACACUAAAAGCAGUGUGAGUACACUCAGCGAGGGCAUCGAGGGCUGGGACGUCCCCGAUGGACUGCGGUCAGAAGAUCUGCCAUCAGUGUCCGAAGCGGCGCCUCCGUCUCUUGAGCCCAAACCAAAGAAACAGCCGAGCCUCUUUAAACGAAACAGAAAGAAGAGUAAUCAAGGUAACAGUGGGAAAGGACACACUAAACAUAAAAAAGGCUGUGUGUUGCAGUGAGGUGACUCCAGAAAAAGGAAAUCGAGAGGAAAGAGAAAAUGUUAAAAGCAGUCCCGCACUGGAAGGACUGAAGUUUAAUUUAUUUUGUGAGACUACGUGGAUAAUGACUCCUUGGGAGAGGGUGCAGAGGUCUUCCUUUUGCGAUGAUUUGUUUUUCAAGAUGAAACAAGAGUUUAAAAAAGAAAAAAGCAAAAAAAAAAACCAAAAAAAACCCAAAACAUCCAGGGCUGGGAUCCCCACAGCAUGGGUGUCAACACCAUGUCACUUUAUGUAAAUGAGCUGUAGCUUUUGUGUAUACCAGUGGUUCUGAUUUCAGAAAACAAAAGAGUUGAAUAUGCUUUGUAUGUUUUGUAUACUUGUUGUAAUAUGCAGUGAAUGUGCUUUUUUUUUUGCCAUAUGCUCUAUUUACUGUUCAGCACCUCGAGAGAGAAAGAUGCGGUGGUCGGUGCGAGAUAUUUAAAUUCUACUCCUCAAAACAAAACGGCUUGAAAGUCGUGUCUUAAAAAAUUCUUUAUAUAUUAUCCAGAUGAUCUCUAACCGGAAAUAUAAGGACGUCAUUUAAUGGAUUGUAACUUUUAUUGUUAAAUAUAUUUUAAUAAAAGUGAAUUUACUGUUGA